GAACUGGUGACCACCAGCACAAGCCUCUCCUCGCGACCCCCCGAUUCGAUGGCUCUAACCCGCGCCUCUGUCGCCGCUGGGCGCAUGCAGGCUGCCUCUCGCUGUCCGUUCAUGCACGCGCUGCCCACGGCCCGCGCCGCUCUGCUGCCCAACAUCUCGCAGCUGGCCAAGAUGUGCCCUCACAUGUCGUCGGUCAUGGGCGCGGCGGCCGCUGGCGGCUCCAAGGGCUCGCAGGCCCACGCGACGUCGACCACGUCGGACGCCACGCUCAAGCGCAUCGCUGAGCUCAAGAUGAAGGCGCAGAAGCAGAAGGCCACGCAGCUUGGUGGCCCCAAGCCGUACUCGUCCGCCAUCGCACGAUUCCCCACAGCCCCCACCCGUCAGACGCGUGUGGGCGGCCUAUCAUCCUCGCAGUACGAGAAUGGCUUCGCACAGACCAUUGACACUAUUAAACGUGAGGGCCGCUACCGUCUCUUCGCUGACCUUGAGCGCAAACGUGGCAAGUUCCCGCGGGCCACACAUCACGAAGACUCUGGCAAGACUAAGGAGGUCGUGGCCUGGUGCUCUAACGACUACUUGAGUAUGGGCCAGCACCCUAAGGUCAUUGCGGCUAUGCAGGAGUAUCUUAUGAAGUCUGGCGCUGGCUCCGGCGGUACCCGCAACAUCUCGGGCACCAACCACAACCACGUACUACUCGAGAAAGACCUGGCCGACCUCCACCAGCAGGAGUCUGCUCUGCUCUUCACGUCUUGCUACGUGGCCAACGACAGUGUGAUCAGUACGCUCACCAAGAUCUUCCCGGACAUCGUCAUGUUCUCGGACAGUCUAAACCACGCCUCAAUGAUCCAGGGCAUCCGCCACAGUGGCGCCAAGAAGUACAUUUACAAGCACAACGACAUGAAAGACCUGGAGGAGAAGCUCCAGAUGGCCGACCCUAACGCCCCCAAACUUAUUCUAUUUGAGAGUGUCAACUCUAUGGAGGGCACGGUGGCCCCGCUCCACGAGAUCUGUGACCUGGCCGACAAGUACGGUGCUAUGACCUUCAACGACGAGGUGCAUGCCGUGGGUCUGUACGGUAACCGCGGCGCUGGCGUCGCUGAGCGUGACCACUGUCUAGACCGUAUUACCAUGGUUACCGGUACCCUGGCCAAGGGUUACGGUAUUAUGGGUGGUUACGUGGCCGGUAACGCCGCACUGGUGGACGCCAUGCGCUCAUGCGCCUCUGGCUUCAUCUUCAGCUCGUCUAUGCCUCCUAUGCUCGCUGCUGGCGCUCGCGCCUCGGUGAACCACCUGAAGGAGAGCCAGGUGGAGCGUGCCACGAUGCAUGCUCGCUCCCAGGAGCUUAAGAACAAGCUGGUGGACUCCGGUUUCCCUCUGCUACCGAGUGUAAGCCACAUUAUCCCGCUUAUGGUGGGCGACGCUGUGAAGGUGAAGGAGGCCUCGCGUAUCCUCAUGGAAAAGCACCGUAUCUACGUGCAGCCGAUCAACUUCCCCACUGUCCCUCGUGGCGAGGAGCGUCUGCGUCUGACGCCACUGCCGACCCACUCGGACGCUAUGGUGGAGGACCUUAUGACCGCUCUGGAGGAUGUCUGGACCACGCUCGACUUGCCGCGCCACUUCGUGCCUAAGGGCGAAUACCUGCCCAAGGUGGAGUGGGCCAACUCGCCCUUGGAGAUCGCUGGGGAGUUCGUGGUCGAGUCCGCUCAGGAGGCUGCCUGCGCUGCCUAAGUGCACCGUGCGGUAUGCCCCAUGGUGGGGCCACUGCCACGUACCAAAAAUUACACAACAGUCUAUGCGUAACUACUAGGAUGAGAAGCAAAACACAGAAGGAAGAGCUUAAGUCUCGAUUAAUGUACCAUCCCCAUGGCUACUUUUCAAAUGGAGAGUGGUAAUGGGAAGUUCCAUCCUAUCAACGCAAGAAUUCAGUGUGUGGUUCGAUUUGUUGUGUUUCGCUCUGCAUUUGAUGCGAUUCUCCCAGUAACCAGCUU